AUGCUUCUCCUCCACCAGGUUGGCAGUGUCAACGUGGGCCAGAUCGCAAGAUACACUGUCACCUAUACACCGAAUCUUGAUCGGAUCCUGCCUCCGCCGACACAACUCUAUGUGAAAAUCAAGAACACAUCAGCAAUUCCAUUACGAGCCGCAUAUCUACACGGCCCAUACACUCUCUAUGUGGCAUGCUACCCUUCUACCUUCGAUCCUUACAAGAAGCAUGUCACCGCAAAGGAGGAGGGUGAGCCGGACUACGAGCCUCAGCUCAAGGCUGGUGGAAGCUGGUCAUCCAAGCUGAGUGUUCCUGAGUCAGCCAGACACGAUGCGAGCACCACUGGUCACAAGACCGACGAACCAAGAAAGAGCUUUACCUGGAUCAUUGAAAUUGCCUCUCAAGUCUUGUUCUCCACCACUGCUACUGUACACUACGAGCUGUUGGUAGGACGAGAUGAGAAGUCUGUCUCUCUGGGCUUUACUGGAGCCAUGACCAAUUCAGGCGCACCUGGUCGUUUAGAGGACCACCAGCAGAGCAGGGCAAAAGGUCACUCACAGAACAAGGGCGUCUUCACCAAAGCCAUCAAGCUGAAAGUCGACGAUACUGCGUCUUUGUGGAGCAGUCCUGCCUUUCCUUCUCACAGCGAUACCAACAAAAAUCCUACCGAGCUGCCUAGGAUUGAGCAUGACGACAACCAGGAAGGGAAGGAGAGGCCGAGGAAGAGGAGAAAGAAGAUACACCUGGUCGUCCUUACGCACGGUCUACACAGCAACCUUGGUGCUGAUAUGCUAUUCAUGAAGGAAUGCAUCGAUGCGACCGCUAGGCAAGCAAAGGAAGACAGAAAGAAUGCCAGAAGAAUAGCCAAGGAGACAAAAGCGAAGGAACAGUACGACUUUGGUAGAACAGCCCUCGAUCAGCGCACGAAAUCCGUUCCUGACCUCGUAAUAGCUCCGACUGACACAGCGGAAGAAAGUGGCAGCAAUCAUCCUGAAAAAGAGAGCGACCACGACGAUGACGAUGAUGAUGACGAAGAGGUUGUCGUAAAGGGCUUUAACGGCAACGCUAUCAAGACUGAACGUGGUAUACAGUUCCUCGCUAGAACCUUUACUGGUGCUGCGAAGCCUACUCAGACUGACGGAAAGCAUCCCAGUCACAAGAACAGCUCGAUCGCUAAGGACGAUAGCAGUUCCGAAUAUGACCUGCCAUACAAAAUCACCAGUAUCAGCUUCGUCGGCCAUUCACUGGGCGGUCUCAUUCAGACUUACGCCGUUGCCUACAUCCAGAAACACUCGCCAGAAUUUUUUGACAAGAUCAAGCCUAUCAAUUUCGUCGCUCUAGCCUCACCUUUUCUUGGUCUGAGUAACGAAAAUCCCAUUUACGUCAAGUUUGCCCUGGAUUUUGGGCUGGUCGGCAGGACUGGACAGGACCUCGGCCUCACAUGGCGAGCUCCUACCAUCGCUCGUAACGGAUGGGGCGCUAUGAUAGGUGGGUUCAAUGGUGGUGAUACCAAAGACAAGGACAAAGAUCCGGCUGCGAAACCUCUUCUUCGGAUACUGCCGACAGGUCCGGCACAUGUAGCUCUGAAGCGCUUCAGGAACCGGUCGGUUUAUGCAAACGUUGUGAACGAUGGAAUCGUGCCAUUGCGAACAUCGUGUCUGCUCUUUCUUGACUGGCGAGGCCUAGGAAGAGUGGAGAAAGCACGAAGGGAAAAUGGCAUUGUAGGAACGAUGGUGAAUUGGGGUCUAUCAGAGCUGACUGGCCAGAAUGCAAGCACUCCACGCCGUGGUUUCUUUGAUGAAUUGUUCUCUGAUAGUGGGGACGAUACUGGCCGACCUCCUAAACCCUCGCAGGAUCCAGGCUUAAAUGUACCACAUGCUGAAAUCAGCUCAGGUCUGGAUAACGACCUCUCUUACGGAAGCGACGAAGACAGUAUCACCAGACAGAAGCGAAGGCUUAGUAACACUCAAAGCUCUAAUCAGAACGUGGGUCCGAACAUCUGGUCUGCCCUUACCAGUUUCUUCCGGCCACAUGCUGGCAGUCAGAACAAAAUAGCACCCAAACAACGAAGAAUAUUUGAGCGUGGUCAAACUAUGGGUGGUGAACUGGCAAGUAACGAGUCUCAACCAGGCUCCGAAGACUCUGGAAGUCAGGACGGCCAUUCUUCUGCUCCGGGCGACCAUCGGAAAUUGUUGGUUCGAGGCUCAUCGCUGUAUACAAAUGGAUCUGAUAACGACAACCUCGAUGCUCCGCCCCGGACGACUGUGUUUGAAUCAGCUGGCGACUUACUAAACCCGCCACUACCUCCUAAGGAGUAUCUACUGAACCCUGAAGCACGACCGAGAACCAUCUUCCACGAUCGUGUCUAUCAUCCUGACGAUAUUCCACCCCCUCCUACGAAGCGACAGAGAACCUCUAUGCGUAGCAGACCAAGCUCGGGUGACAUCAAUGCAGUUCCCAACCAGGCUCCGGAUGAUCUUGAGAAGAUUUCGACCGGCAAGAAUGUGGACCAAGCUGGCAUGCGAAUUGAAGAGAAGAUAGCUCGUGAAUACCACAAAGGCAUGGCUUGGCGCAAAGUACUGGUUCGUCUUGAGCCUGAUGCGCACAACAAUAUAAUAGUGCGCAGAAUGUUCGCCAAUGCCUACGGCUGGCCAGUAGUCAAACAUAUGUGCGAUACUCACUUCGGCUACACCGCGGCUGCCACAACUCGCGACGAGGAUGAAGCCCCUAUCGAACGUGCCCAACCCAAAGAUAUUCCUGUUGGCGAGAGUGGGGAAGAGGUUCGCGAUCAAACCCAGAAACCCGUGCAAAAGGAUGAUAAUCACGACGAGAGACCUCGACGGGCCACAACAGCCGAGUCUCCGCCAACGAAAGAGGACCAUGAGAUUGACACGUUACAUAUGAGGCAAAAGCAUAUACGGGCCCGACAAGCCGUAAAUCCUCAACCACGUACUGCUUCAGAACGUGGCGAAUCGAGGGAUCAAGUGAGCGACAUUGUCUCCGAAGUGUCUGCUCAGGGUGUGCCGGUUCAAGGUCAUAACUCUAUGCAUUCUGGCACAGCAGCGUUGAAUCGUCUCAUGCGACAAGAUAGUGCAAGGUGGAGUGAUAGGUUCUUCGAUAGUGAGCCAGAAGAUGAGAACGAGGAUGAUGAAGCAGAACUCAACAGUGAGCUGCAGCAGGCAUACGAUCGUGGACAAAGACGUCCUCUAACUGUCAGUCCUGCAAGUACAAGAAGCAGUAAGAAAGGACAACAUACGCACUCCAGCUUGGGCAAAGAAGCAAGUUUGCUCGACGAUGAUGCUUCGGCAGGACUGGUUACCGAACCUGAGGAGAUUGAUAUGAGCAAGAUGUCAAUGCAAGAUCGUCUCUGUGCCAUCGACACACAGUCUUCGCCAGAUUCCCGAGUGCUUAGUCCGACUGGUCUUGGAUUGGGUAGGAACCAACAAACCAUCGCCGAGGACAUGCAUGAAAGACCCAUGUCGCCAAGUGGAGGCAUUACUGAGCAGGUCAGUAGGGCACGCACGCAGAGUGGCGGCCAGGCACAGAGUGUGCGGCCUGGACUUGGCGAGUCUAAGCAGACAUUGGAUUGA